GAUUGCUCGCUUCCUUCGUUGCCCAAAGGAAAGAGAGAGAGAGAGAGAAAGAAGGGAACGAAAACGAGAGAUCCCUGGAACACGUAACAAGAUGUCAAGUUGGCUCGCCGCGGGAUACGCCUUCUCGUUGCCGUUGAGGGCCUUGCGGGCCCGUGCUGCUUUCCUGGCACGCGCAUAGGAUCGUAUACACGGCCGCCACGGACGUUAACUUCUCACCGUCGUUGUUUGCGGGAUAAAAACGGAUAGGUAUAUACUUCCAUCUCCAGCUUACUUGACGUUCACGUGCUCGAAGGUGAGUGUCGGUCUGAAGUGCUUGCUCACCCUGAAGCGGCGAUCCGUGAGUGUUUGCCCUCUUUGACGUGUUUGAUGUGUUGCGAGGCAUCCGACGUCAGUAUCAGCUUGCCUUGUUUAUGAGCUCGCUGGUUUUAUGCUCUCGCGUAUGUUGCUACCUUCCAACGGCUUGCUGGGGUCUUCAGAACUGCAGGGACGCCUCUCCCGUCAAGUGUCUGAAGUUAGACAUCCACGACGUCUAUAGUACGGCUGUCCUUUUCUUUUAAUUCUUUGUGCGUGAUUCCAGUGGCGUGAGGAGGUGUCGUUCUUGGGUAUGUACACUAUAUCCGUGUCUCCAAAAAAAAAACUAUUGCCUACCAAGUCCAAACUCUGAGUCACAAGGCCUCAUUAUCACUGUCGUAUGGCUACCGAAUUUAAUUGGCAUUCGUAGCGUUCUGUCUGCAGUUUCCUACGCUUUUUCGUCGGCACAGGAAUCGUAAACAAGCCUCGAAUCCUUACUUUAGCUUCCGUCCGCCGAAGUCCAUUUCAUCCAACAACAGAUCGACGCCUCAUAUCGGCUGGAAACUUAACCAAAAGUUCCGAAAUUCUUCACGUAAGUACAUACCGGAUUCCAACCAAACCGCAUAAUCAACGUCCAGAUAAGCAGAUCUUGUGGAGUGAAUGGACAACCACCGUUCUGCGGUGGGCGCCUCUUGGCAAUUCAUAGAAGCCAAGAUAUACACUAGAGUAGAUCUAAAGUACCACUCCAGAAAUGUUUGUACGAGCGGCGCAGAGUAUACACACCGAAAAAAGGGACCUCGUUCCGGAUCCUUAUCGGCGAAUGCUGCACCCAGCCCACGUGGGGCCCAUAAUCAUUCCGCUUUCCCAGCUGUCUCCAGGGGAGCCCCUUGUCAGUAAUCCUCGCCCGAAAAAAAGCCCACUUUUGGGACGAGUUCGGUGUCCUACGUCAGCGGUCUUGUUGGUUUCAAUGUCCAUCCUCCUCCGUUGAGGGGGUUGAGUGGCGUAGGUACCAGGAACCCUUUCCUCCGCUCCUCUUCGUGCAUCCAGACGAGGGAAGCGUCCUGGUUGGUCGCCAUGUUGGUGGAGGGUUCCGACAAGUCUGGUCGCUUGGCUCUUAUCGUUCGUCGCCUGGGACGCCGCUUGUCGGCUGCUUCUGGUGCGGGAUCGUCGUCCCGUGGACGCUGUUCGGGCGCACUGGGCGUGCUCUGCAGCGAACCUGCCUGCGCCUACUGCAGACCGAGGAAGAAGGUCCAGUUCUUCGUCGGCAAUUGGGAGGGGCUGGACCGGUCCCCGACGCCCCCGGAGUCCCCCAAUGGGGGCCCCUCCGUCUGCCCCGAGACCAGUCCCCUGAUGGACCCGGUGUCCGCGUCCUCCCCGACACCCAAAGUUGUGGCCAUUCCCAGGAGCGCCUCGUUCAACUUUCCGUCGACCAGCGAGCGCGGCAACAGUCAUGCGGUCAACGUUGAGUCAGGCGUGGUGCAGCCCAACGUGCCGGCCAAGUCUAGCGACGACUCGGGCCUGGGCACGGGCCACAGCCCCCCGAGCAAGAAGCCUGCGCUCACCAUAGACCUGCACCGCAUCCCGCCGUCGAGGGCGAGCUCCUACGGCGGAUCUCUGUGCAGCCUGCCCACCAGCAGCAACGGCAAGAUGUACGGCACACGCAGGGCACACGGAGACCUUGACUCUCUGGUGAUCAUGCUGAGUGCCCUGUACGCCAAGCUCCUGGUCAUCAUGGGAAUCUGCUUCCCACUGGGAGAGGUCAUCUCCAAGAAGAUACCCGUCUCCUUCUACGAGGGCUUCUACCUGUACCUGUACUUCGGCAGCAUCGCGUUCCUGCUGUACGUGUACGUGUUCCUGCUCAAGCACGAGAAGGUCAACUCCAAGCUGGAACAGUUCACCGAGAGCUUCGGCGACAAGAUGCGUCGCCUGAUGGGAAUGCGCUGCGCCAAGAACACCAACAUGGAGAUCCCGCCCAUCCAGAAGAGACGCGUCUACGAUGCCACCACGCACGCAGGGAGUUUCUACCUCCGCCUCGGUGCCGUGGCGUUCGGCACCGGGAGCAUGAUCUACUCAGGCCUGGAAUUCGGACAGUUUUUCGAGAUGGAGUCCGACUCCAAGUGCUACAACAUACUCUUCAGCCUGACUCCUGCAACAAGGAUGGCUUUCACCUUUUUUCAGCUCUACUUCAUAUUUAUUAACUCAAGGGUUGCCAUCAGCAAGUUCACAACGUUUGCAAGGUUCGGCUUGAUGCACAUGAUUUCAGCGAACAUCUGCGUGUGGCUGCACGUGCUCAUCCAGGAGACCAAGCACCAGAUCCUCGAGCUGAUAAACCGCAAUGAGACCCAGAUGAUGGCCUUUGCCGUCAACCAGGCGAGCUUAGUGCCGGAAGAUGAAGAGGACCACCUGAACCCGGUGCACUACGAGACCCACUCGAAGGACCAUCACCGGAUGGAGCGGUCCGCGGACCACGGCAUCCACCACGAGAGCCACAACUGCCGCCGCGCCAACAUCAUGGGCGAACUGGUGCAGAACGCGAGUCCCUUCCUCUUCCCCUGCACCAUCGAGUACAGCCUCAUCUGCGCGGGCAUCCUCUACAUCAUGUGGAAGAACGUGGGCUCCUCGCACCCGAUGCCCGCCACACCGGACAGCUCAGUUCAAGUGCACACGCCGCGGCAGAGACACUACUACCAGGUCGAUUGCGCCAAGGCCAACAAGGGUCUCUUUACGGGCAUCCUGGUGCUCGUGCUCUCCAUCAUCAGUCUCAUCCUCUUCUUCGUGCUCAUCAACAAGCCGCAGUACCGCAAGCUGGCCGUGAUGGAGGCCCACAUCGCAGAACUGGCCGUCUACGUGCUCGCCUCUCUGGCCACGAUGACGGCGUUGUUCCAGGUCCGGGAGCUCCGGUACAACCGGCUCAGGAACACGGACCUGGACAGCAUUCUGCUCAUUGUCGCCCAGAGCGGACUCUACCUGUACACAAUGUUCAGCAUCAUCGGCGGCCACUUCACCCUCGACCAGAACACCAUGCUGGCUCUGCUGACGGCGCUGGCCUGUCUCAUCCAGGGAUCGCUGCAGACCAUCUUCAUCCUCGAUGCCUCGCGGAGGUACGUGAGCAGCAGCGACCAGGCGAAUCGAAAGCCUGGCAGAGAGAUGGUCACUUUCCUGAUCGUCUGCAACUUCUCCAUGUGGGCCAUCAACACCCUGGAGACUCGGAGGGCCGAUUCGAAUCCGGUUCAGAUGAACUUUUACGGGUUUUGGGCGUGGACCAUUAUCACGCACGUGACGGCUCCUCUUACCAUCUUCUUUAGGUUCCACAGCACCGUGUGUCUGUGUGACAUUUGGAAGAGGGCGUACAAGGUCAAGUCCGACUACCUCUGAUGUCCCGGACGGCAUGCAAUUGUGGAAGUUUAUGGACGCGUGUUGUUGUAUUGUGCUGGUGUGUGCUUGUAUUGUGCAACGCGGCUUCUGAUCGGGAAGUAACAUUUAGAAGUGUAACCCUCACAUUAAUUUUGGUUUCGCGGCUGGCCGCCACAUCAGACUCUGCAUAAUGUAGGGUGCCACUUUUCGGUAAAGCUAAAUUUAAAUCUUAAACCUCGUUGUUUCAGGAUUGCGACUCAACUUGCACUAGAGUUGAGCGUGCAAGGCGUGGUUCAAAGUAAAUAACGUUUUUUUUUAAUAGAUUUUAGUGGUAAUUUGGUCCCUUGGACGCUUCAGGCUGGCGCAGUUCCAAGUGCGCGUGACAUGGUAACGACAAAAACAUUACGGUGGAUUGACAGACAUUUAUAAUUGAGGCUUUCACCUCAUGUCUUGCGGCAAUAUAGAAGCGCUUUAAGCCCACGUGCCCGGAGAUGUAUUUUUAUUUUGUAUUCGUGUCGGUGUCUUUUCUAUCUUGAUACUCACGAUGUUGUCAGUACCUAUACUCCCAACUUUUUUUUUCUCGAUUGUGUGUGUGCUUGGUCUUGCGUAAUGUCUUGCGUAAAGUACGUAUAUGCCAGAAACAAGUUAAGCGUGCGAGGAGCGGUCUCUUACUUUCACAAAUGGCUUUUAUUGAAUGCAAAAGCAGAAAAAACGUGUGAUGUCAUUGUGUACUUUCACCAUUCCUAACUGUAGUACAAAUUUUGUCGCACCUCUAUCACCUCCAUCUAUUGCCAUCACUGCAUUAUUUUUUUUCUCUAGUCUUAGUGGUGACGGUCUUUGAACUGUCUGAAUAUUACAUCGAAUUUGUUGUCACAUAGUCUAUUAAUUGGACGUAUAACGACGCGAUGACCAUAUAAUUAAAUUGUGGCUAUGCACCAGUACAACGUUACCAAUAACUACAGCAGUACCGAGAAACUUGUGUUGUGCUGUGAAGUCUUAUUUAUGUACUGUCGGUGUUUCACCACGUCACCUCGCAUUUCGGACACAGGCAGCACCUAGCUUCUUCAAUUUUGGGAACGGCGGUCGUACUUUCUCCACGCCAACCGUUCCAGGAAUGGAGAGCUACGUGGGCGUUGUGCUCAUGUACGUUAAUUGUAUGGCUUGUCAUUUCAUCAUUACCGUCACAAAUUUCUUACUAAAAACAGUAUUGCAACUGUACGCGUUUUUUUAGCAUAUCGUCAACUUUUGACGAAAAAAAAAAAAAGAAGCUUUGGUGUAAUAAAACAAUGAAACCAAUUAAGAAAAAAA